GGCCUGGCCAGCGGGACGGGCACACCAUGAGGCUGCUGGUCCUUUUGGGUCUGCUGUGUGGCUCCGUAGCCGCACCCACUGGCCCACAGUGGCCCAAGCCCGUAUUUGGGCGCCUGGCGUCUCCUGGCUUCCCAGGGAAGUAUGCCAACAACCAGGAGCAGCGCUGGACCCUGACUGCACCCCCCGGCUACCGCCUGCGCCUCUACUUCACCCACUUCCACCUGGAGCUCUCCUACCUCUGCGAGUACGACUUCGUCAAGCUGAGCUCAGGAAGCAAAGUGCUGGCCACGCUGUGCGGGCAGCAGAGCACAGAUACGGAGCGGGCCCCUGGCAAUGACACUUUCUACUCACCGGGAUCCAGUCUGGACGUGACCUUCCACUCGGAUUACUCCAACGAGGGGCCGUUCACGGGCUUUGAGGCCUUCUACGCAGCAGAGGACAUCGAUGAGUGCCAAGUGCCCCCAGAUGAGGCACCCACCUGCGACCACUACUGCCACAACUACCUGGGCAGCUUCUACUGCUCCUGCCGUGCAGGCUACGUUCUCCACCAGGACAAACGCACCUGCUCAGCUCUGUGCUCAGGCCAGGUCUUCGCCAACCGGUCCGGGGUGAUCAGCAGCCCCGAAUACCCACGGCCGUACCCCAGACUCUCCAGCUGCACCUAUAGCAUCCACCUGGAGGAGGGGUUCGCCAUCAUCUUGGACUUCGUGGAGUCCUUCGACGUGGAGAUGCACCCGGAAAUCCAGUGCCCCUACGACCUCCUCAAGAUUCAAACAGACAAAAAGGAAUACGGCCCAUUUUGUGGGAAGACGUUACCCGGCAGGAUUGAAACCCAGAGCAACUCUGUGACCAUCACCUUUGUUACUGAUCAGUCAGGAGACCACACAGGCUGGAAGGUCCACUACACCAGCACAGCCCUGCCUUGCCCUGAUCCGGUGGCACCACCUAAUGGCCGAAUCUCACCUGUGCAAGCCAAGUACAUUCUGAAAGACAGCUUCUCUGUGUUUUGCGAGACUGGCUACGAGCUUCUGCAAGGUUAUUUGCCCCUGAAAUCAUUUGCUGCAGUCUGUCAAAAAGAUGGAUCUUGGGACCAACCGAUGCCAGAGUGCAGCAUUGUUGACUGUGGCCCUCCUGAUGACCUACCCAAUGGCCAAGUGGAGUACGUCACGGGUCCUGAAGUGACCACAUACGAAGCUGUGAUUCAAUACCGCUGUAAUGAGACCUUCUACACAAUGAGAACAGAUGACGGUAAAUAUGUGUGUGAGGCUGAUGGAUUCUGGACGAGCUCCAAAGGAGAAAAAUCACUCCCAGUCUGUGAGCCUGUUUGUGGACUAUCAACCCGUAAGACAGAAGGUCGUAUAUACGGAGGACAAAACGCAAAGCUUGGUGAUUUUCCUUGGCAAGUCCUGUUGCUACUAGGUGACACUACAGCAGCAGGUGCGCUUUUACACGACGGCUGGAUCCUGACAGCUGCUCACGCUGUAUAUGGGCAAAAAGAUGCCUCCUCCCUAGACAUCAGAAUGGGUUUCCUGAAGAGGCUGUCACCUCAUUAUACGCAAGCCUGGGCAGAGGCCAUUUUUAUACAUGAAGAUUACACCCAUGACGCUGGUUUUGAUAACGACAUAGCAUUGAUUAAACUGAAGAACAGAGUUGCAAUCAAUAGCAACGUCAUGCCUAUUUGCUUGCCAAGAAAAGAAGCUGAAUCCUUCAUGAGGACAAAUGACAUCGGAACUGCAUCCGGAUGGGGAUUAACCCAAAGGGGUUUUCUUGCCAGAAGUCUAAUGUUUGUUGACAUACCAAUUGUUGACCAUCAAAAAUGUACUGCUGCAUAUGAAACAAAGCCCUAUCAAGGGGGACAAGUAACUGACAACAUGAUUUGCGCUGGGCUAGAAAUUGGGGGCAAAGACAGCUGUAGAGGUGACAGUGGAGGGGCACUAGUGUUUCUAGAUAAUGAGACACGAAGGUGGUUUGUGGGAGGAAUAGUGUCCUGGGGUUCCAUUAAUUGUGGGGAAGCACAUCAAUACGGGGUCUACACAAAAGUCAUGAACUAUAUUCCUUGGAUCAAGAAAAUAAUUAAUAAUUUUUAAUCUGUAUGUCUUCAAUCAGUAAAU